AUGCGCUUGAAUAAUCUAAACCUACCGUACGCUCUGCCUCGGGUCAUCGGACCUGCCCCGGGCCCUGUGAGUGUGUGGUCCCAGAGACAGGAUGAUCUCGACCGAAUCGCCUUGCUUGAGAACCGAAAAGCAUCUACCGUCAACUUCGCUCCCACCGCUAGCUCCGCUCAACCUACCGCCCCGCGCGUCGAAGGCCAGACUGGUUUAGGAGCCAAGCCCAAGCCCAAGGGUCUCGAGCCAUACAACCCUUCUAGCAAGAGACGCGACCACUGA